UGUUAUUGUCACAACGCCAUUUGUGGUUAUUGACAGCUAUUAUCUUACUUGCCGACAUAGUUUUGUCUUAUCUUCACAUUGUAACUGUUCUACGAAUAUGAGGCAUUCCGAUUCUCGUCGGAGGUCCGGUGGGCGAUUGUCUGGAUCGAUUCAGUCUGCCCAGGAUAUGGCCAAGUUUCCCUGUGUGAGCGAGAUGCCAGAACAAACAGUCAUUGUUGCUGGGUCUCCCGUGACUCUGCCCAAGGUUGUGGGCAAGAAAACCCGACGGGGCAAGAAAGGGGGACGGAGACACAGAAAACAGAUGCAGGAGAAGCUGUUCCUGGAGACGCUGGUGCAUGAACGAGUCCGGGACAUCAGGCUAGGCGUGGAAGCCUUGCACGUGGCCUCUUUGAGUGACGUCAGUGAGGGGGCGGGGCCUCAUCUGACCAACACGUCCGUCCACACAAGCCAACCUGGUCACGCUGAACAAACUCCUCAAUGUACAUACACACCACAACAGGUAGCUCUGCCCUAUGGAUACAGCCCAACCUACAACAUCAGCGAAUAUGGAUGUCACCAAACUGGUUGCGGAUAUGCCAGUGACAACUUUGGAUAUGCUCAGAAUGGAUACGGAUAUGGAAAUGACAGCUAUGAAUAUGCUCAGAUUGGAUACGGAUAUGGCAUUGAUAGCUAUGGAUAUGUUCAGAUUGGAUACGGAUAUGGCAAUGACAACUAUGGAUAUGCUCAGAAUGGAUACGGAUAUGGCUAUUGA